AUGGGAUGUUGUUGGGGUGGUAAUAAAGACACGCUGCAAAAAUGGGAUGUAAAACAGAAGAAAUCAUGCACCGACAUCAUUUGUCUGGUGAUUUUCAUUCUAUACGUCGGAGCUAUGGCCUGCAUCACGGCGUUUUCCAUCUCUACUGGCGGUGCCGAUAGAGUUAUAUACGGAAGUGACUCGUAUGGAAACAUCUGCGGCCAGAACAACACUGGAAAAGGCGUAGGAACUCACCAGUAUCAUGGUCUCGACAUGACUUACAAACCUUACGUCUUCUUCUUUGAUUUCGUAGCUGAAUCAGCCGAACUGGUCUCCAGCGACUUACCAAAUACGUACUCCCUCGAAGCCUGCGUCCACGAAUGCCCUGAUGGACAAUACAAAGGCGACACACACACUCCAAUGGACUACCUCGUCCAAGAAUACCAAGAAGGAAACAACCUCUGUUUCAAAAACUACGAUCUCGAGCAAAAAAACUUCGACGCCAAAGCUGAGCUCCGAAAAGCUCCAACUGGCAAAAAUUCUGUCUGCCCCGCUCUACCGAUCAAGGAUCACACGGUCUUCAUGAACCGCUGCAUCCCAAAGAGCCUUGGCGAAACCGCGUCCACCGUGGCCGAGUUCUUCAACAACAUUCCAACCGUAGAAAAAAUUGCUAUUGAUUUGUAUUCUGCUAGAUACACCCUUCUCUACACUUCUUUGAUUUCUAUCGCGCUUUCUUGUAUUUCUGUUCUCUUGCUUCGCUACUUGGCUUCUGUUCUCGUUUGGGUGGUUAUUGGCGGGCUUUCGUUCGCUUCACUCGUUGCUACUGCCCUCUUGUGGUACUCGUAUGCGAUUAGUCAGGGAGCGGUUGAAAACGAAUUCGAGCAAUUGGAUCAAGUUGUCAAUCCUCUCAGGGAAGGCUUUUGA